ACUUGUUUGAGUUUUCUUGUUUUGCAAGUGAAAUGUUUUGUCCUAUUAAAUAUUUUAAACGAGGCCGAUCGAUGACUACUGCCGUUAGAUGUAAACGACGAGUUGUUAUUACCGGGUUAGGGCUUGUAUGUCCUCUUGGAGUUGGUGUACAGAAUGCUUGGAAGAAUCUUCUUGAAUCUAAGUCUGGAAUAAUCAAAUUGUCUGAUGUAGAUUAUGAUAAACUACCUUGUAGAGUAGCUGCUCUGAUACCUAAGGGAGAUCAAUCAUACGAAUUAAAUAUAAACAAAUACUUUUCUAAGAGCGAAUUAAGAACAAUGUGUUCUGCAACAGCUUAUGCAUUGAUAUCUUCUGAAGAAGCUCUGUCUGAUGCGAAAUGGAAACCAGAAGAAGAAAAUGAUAAAAGAGAUACAGGAGUAGCUGUUGGUAUUGGAAUGAUUGAUUUAGUAGAUGUAUGUGCGACGUAUGAAGCUUUAAAAAAAGGAUAUAGUAAAGUCAGUCCCUAUUUUGUACCACGAAUUCUACCAAACAUGGCAGCAGGUCAUAUUAGUAUUAAAUAUGGAUUUCGAGGACCCAAUCAUUGCGUAUCAACUGCUUGUGCAACUGGAGCACAUGCUAUUGGUGAUGCAUUUCGUUUUAUACGUGGUGGUGAUACUAGUGUUAUGGUUUGUGGUGGAGCUGAAGCAUGUAUCAGUCCAUUAGCUGUUGCAGCAUUUUGUCGUCUUCGUGCACUUAGUACUUCCAAAAAUGAUUCUCCCUAUGAAGCAUCAAGACCAUUUGACAGAGAUAGAGAUGGUUUUGUAAUGGGUGAAGGAUCUGCUAUACUAGUAUUAGAAGAAUUAAAUCAUGCUCUUAGUAGACAGGCUCCUAUAUAUGCAGAAAUUCUCGGAUAUGGACUCUCAGGAGAUGCAGCACACAUAACAGCACCUAGUGAAGAUGGUACUGGUGCUUUGUUAGCAAUGGAUAGAGCAGUAAAAGAUGCUGGUAUAGAAAUAUCAGAAAUUACAUAUAUAAAUGCACAUGCUACUUCAACUCCAUUAGGUGAUACCAUUGAAUUAAAAGCUGUAGAAUCUCUUAUGGGAGAACAUAGUAAAAACGUGUUUGUAUCUAGUACAAAAGGAGCGCAUGGACAUUUAUUAGGUGCUGCAGGAAAUUUAGAAGCUGCUUUUACGAUUUUAGCUAUAAAAGAUGCUGUGAUUCCACCUACAUUAAAUUUACAUAAUUUGGAUGUAAAGACAAGCCUACAUUUUGUACCUAAUGUAAAGAAAAAUUGGUUUGCUACUGGAAGACGAGUUGCUCUAAAGAAUGCUUUCGGUUUUGGCGGAAUAAAUGCGUGUCUCUGUUUUGCAGAAUAUAUUGCUUAAAAAAAGCUUAAAUAUUAGGCAUUUUACCAAACUCAAAAAGCAUAAUAUGCUGUACAUGCUCGAUGUAAUAAGCGGGCGUUAUUUUAUACAGGAAUAAUAAUAAAAUCAUUGUAAAUACCUUUGUACAUUUGCUGUAAACAAGUUUAGAAAAAAAAAAA